UACCUCCGCCGAGUACCGCUGGAGUUUGACGUGGCACUCUCGGUGCACUCGCGCUAGCCCCUACCGAAGCGGAGAAAGAGCCGUCAGCUCAACACACUAACCGACCCGGUUGGCAUGAGAAGAGAGCUGUGACAUCAUCAUCAUUGUGACAUCAUCAUCAUGAGUCAUCCGGGAUACGUCGCCGCCCCCUACUCUCAAGCCCCGCCCCCCAUGGCCUACAACAACACCUACGGACACUACGGUGUUGCCAAGGCUCCGGUGUCUCCUCCUCCAGUGUCUCAGUACGGAGCUGCAGCUCAGCAGAAUGGAGCUCAAUCACACAGGUUCCCGCCCCCUCCAGGAGGCCCCUCCCCUUAUGGCCAGCCGCCUCCAGUGAUUGGUCAGCCCCCUCAGGCGUCCUACCAGACUCCACCCCCUCAGAGCCCGCCCCCUACCCAGCAGUUGGCCAACCAGAUGAGUGCAAUGCACAUCGGCUAUGGUCAGGCCCCUCCCCCUGCCGCCCUCCAGCCUGCUGCUGGCCAACCAGGAUCUCCUCCUCCUAUGAUGUCAUUGCCAGGCCCCAUGGCCCCGCCCCUGGGCUCCCCUCCACCAAUGGCUGGUGGCCCUCCUAUGACUGGCAUGUCGGUUCCACCAAUGGCUGGUGGCCCUCCUAUGACUGGCAUGUCGGCUCCACCAAUGGGGAUGUCGGGACCCUUCCCAGGCCCGCCCACCAUGGGACAACCAGGCCCCGCCUACCAACAGCAGCCAGGUCCGUAUGGUGCGAUGAGCGGUCCUGCUGCUACAGGGUUUCCCGGGGCGUUUCCAGGGGGAGCCGCUCAGAUGGCCGGACCUCCGCAGAAGAAACUCGACCCAGACUCCAUACCCAGCACUACGCAGGUGAUAGCGGAUGACCAGGCUAAGAGGGGGGGGGAGCUCUACAGCACCAACACCAGGGGACAGCUGCCCCCCCUCGUCACCACCCGCUUCACAUCACAGGACCAAGGUAAUGCGCGUCCGCGCUUCAUGCGCUGUACGAGCUACACGUUUCCCACCAGCGCCGAACUCGCCAAACAGAGCCAGUUGCCCCUGGCAACCAUCAUCACACCCCUCGCCACCAUCCCCAGCGACGAGGGACGAGGGUUUGGGGUGUGCGGACGAGGUGCGGAGGCGAGUGCAAUCUUUUUAAAAGUCGUCGGCUUCGCUUUCGUGACCUACAACCGGACGCUGCAUUUCUACAACGUCAAGAGUUCGCUAGCGCAGCCGCAGAUGCUGCUGGUUAGCGACGUUAGCGAGAUGUUCGUACCGCUGCAGGACGGCUUCCUGGUCGACCCCGUGGAGUCACGACACGUCAUACACAAUCUACUAGAUCAGAUUCCCGACAUGUUUGCGGAGACCAAUGAGAGUGAGACGGUCUUCGCCCCCGUUAUUCAGGCAGGAGUGGAGGCCCUCAAGGCUGCUGAGUGUCCGGGUAAACUCUUCCUGUUCCACUCCUCAAUGCCCACCGCUGAGGCUCCUGGGAAACUGAAGAACCGAGAAGACAAGAAACUCGUCAACACGGACAAGGAGAAGACUCUGUUCCAGCCGGUGCGGGGCGUGUACGAGGCGCUGGUGCAGGAGUGUGUGUGUCAGGGUGUGUGUGUGGAUCUCUUCCUCUUCCCCAGCCAGUACGCCGACAUCGCCACCAUGGGCCACGUCCCCACACACACCGGCGGGGGCACCUACAAGUACAACAACUUCCAGGUGUCUGCAGAUGGUGAGAUGUUCCUGAGUGAUCUGAGGAGAGACGUGCAGAAACACAUCGGCUUUGACGCCAUCAUGAGAGUCCGCACCAGCACAGGUUUCCGGGCUACAGAUUUCCAUGGGGGCGUUUACAUGAGUAACACUACGGAUGUGGAGAUGGCCGCCGUGGACUGUCACAAGGCCGUUACCGUGGAGAUGAAACACGACGACACGCUCAGCGAGGAGACUGGAGCGCUCAUGCAGUGUGCGUUGCUCUAUACCACCCCCGGUGGCCAGCGCCGGCUGCGCAUCCACAACCUGAGCCUGAACUGCAGUUCGCAGCUGAGUGAGAUCUACAAGAGCGCAGAGACCGACGCCCUCAUGAACUUCUUUGCCAAAUCAGCGUACAGGGCCAUCUUGAGCCAGCCGGUGAAGACGGUGAGAGAAAUCCUCGUCAACCAGACGGCUCACAUGCUAGCAUGCUACAGGAAGAACUGCGCUAGCCCCUCGGCAGCUAGCCAGCUGAUCCUGCCUGAUGCCAUGAAGGUGCUCCCCGUCUACAUGUGCAGCCUGUUGAAGACUUCUCCACUAGUGGGCAGCAGUGAGCUGCAGACGGACGACCGGAGCCUGCUGAGGCAAACAGUACUGGGCAUGAGGACCGAGGACACACAAGCACUACUCUACCCCCGACUACUACCACUGGGUUCUCUCGAGAGUGAUGAUUUGCCGUCAGCUGUUCGCUGCUCGGAAGAACGUCUGAGUGAAGGGGGCGUGUUCUUACUGGAGAAUGGGAGGAGUUUAUACCUCUGGAUCAGCCAAUCAUGUCCCCCGGAGCUGCUGCAGAACCUCUUCAACACGCCCACUCUCACACAGCUGCCCAACGACAUGAGCUCUCUUCCCGUGCUGGAGUCUCCCCACUCUAAGAAUCUGCAUUCCAUCAUCUCAACCAUCUGCAGCCAGAGAAGCAGCUCUAUGAAGUUGCAGGUCAUUGUCCAGAAGGCGGGAUCUGAGGCUGGUUUCCGUCAGCUAUUGGUGGAGGACAAGGGGCUGAUUGGAGGCGGGGCUUCUUAUAUGGACUUCCUGUGUUACGUCCACCGCGAGAUACGCACACUGCUGACCUAA